AUAUCGUAAAUAAAUAAUAGAGGUUUUUAUUGUUCAGUCCGCCUUAAAAAUCUGACCUCACCGUACAGGUGGAAUGAAUCUGACCUUAGAUGGAUGUCAAAUCCACGGCCACGAUGCGGUUUAUAAGAGGGGGGAGGGGGGAUACCAGUAGAUUAGGAUGCGGUUUAUUGCGCAGGACAUCCGAUGCCUUGUGCACUUACGCAACGUGUGGAAGGAAUGAGAAAUCGUCCGAAGAGUAGACAGGAAACGUUCGAAGUGAAGUGAUAAGUCAACAAAGAUCAACUCUCCAGCUCUGUGUCUCACUGCUCAACGCAAGAGUCGAAGCUCUGAAACUGAUCGGAAUCAUCAUGGAUCCAAAGGAGCAAGAGGGGUCACAGCCAAAAUGGGAAGGAAAGGCAUGCGCGUCGCUGAGAGGGAUAACAGCUGACCAAGUAUGGCCUCUCUUGUCGGACUUCUUCAACGUGCACAAGUGGUUCCCCACCCUCGCCACCUGCUACGCCAUACACGGCGUUUCCGGACAGCCCGGAUGUGUGCGUUACUGCGCCGGCUCCUCUAUCCCAUCCAACAGCGGCGGCGACACCAGGCCAACUGUAAGUUGGGCCACCGAGAGGUUAGUACACAUCGAUCCGAUCGGUCGAAGCUUCACCUACGAGAUCGUUGAUAGCAACGUCGGAUUCAACUCCUACGUUUCUACGAUGAAGGUGGUGCCCGAUGAUGAACAUCAGCUGGGCGGCUGUAAGAUUGAAUGGUACUUCGCCGUUGAUCCAGUCCAGGGUUGGAAAUUAGAGGAUUUAAUUUCCAAGUAUCAAACGGGACUGCAAAACAUGGCCAAUAAAAUGGAGGAAUCUCUGAUGAAUAACCCUACUUGAAAAACAAAUUAACAGUAUAUUAUAUUAUAUAACUAAAUAAAUAUCUUUGUCGCUGUUUGUUGUUGUCAGCUUUCACUUAGUUGUCAAUUGUUUGGAUUUAUCUAUUUUAACAAGAGUUUGUUUGAGUGUAUGAAACACUUGUCACAAAUCGAAUGGAGUUUAUGACAGAUGACAAGUGCAGUGCAAACAGGCGCAACAGAUGUGGAGAGUUUGAUAGAUUAAAGGGGUGUUUUAUGAUGUUUAA